UAAUUUAAUAACACCGAUGUCAAAAUAUUAUAAUCUCGAGUGAUAAAUCAAUGACUAUGUGAAGCGCGUUGUCGAACAAACCAAGUGAAAGUGAAAUUAAAUUUAAAAUGGCUGAUCGAGAACAUGAGUCUAUCCUUAAUGGUGGAGAUUCUUCUAAUAAAGCAAAUGAAUCUAACAACAUAAAAAAUGAUAAUUUUGAGGAAACUGCUUUAAACGAUGAUGCUGAGAAACAUGAUAUACAAAUGAAUGGCAACGGAAUCAAAAUAAACUCUAAGAUCAAAUCGGAUAAGACAGAAAAUGGGACUUUAGCCAAUGGGAAAAAGAUAGAAGAAAUGAGUCAAAAUGGACAGAAGAAGCCAGACGCUAAAGAUCUCCUGACAGUGCCUCAUGGGGGACAGAGAAAGUCGUUCAUGGAACAGGAGAGUGCGAGAGAGAGGAGACGACAGUCGCUGCUUAAGCAGUGUGCCGCUAUUCUCAAGCAGAGUGAGCAGAAAUUUACAAAGGAGACGCUGCAUAGAGCCUUUCAAGAUGAGGACUUAUUGGAGCGUAUAUUCCACUUGUUCGAGGGCGGAGAGGGCGGCGAGGGCGAGGAGGAGGGGCGCGCGGGGCGGCUGCGGCAGGUCGCCUGGCUCGAGUUCCUCAAGCAGCGGCUCACGGAGGAGAAGCAGCUAGAGUUGAUAGAACAACUAGAGAGCGUGGCCUACGUGGUGUGCGGCGACGACCCCAUCUCCUGCAGGGACUUCCAGAAGAUUCUGCAGAACCGAGUGGUAACCAAUAAAAUCCUCCGCGCUGUAGACUCGGACGGCGACGGCGCAGCGACCGCCGAUGAGAUCAUGGAGUUCCUGUGCGCGGCCACCAGCAGCCGCGCGCGCGCCGGCAUCGACAAGCAGAGCGUCGACCGCCUCGAGCGGCUGUUCCGAGACACCGUCGGCGAUCAGAAGGAGAUCACCAAGGAACAGUUUCGAAAGAUACUCGACUCUAAGAACCCCUUCUUCACGGAGCGCGUGUUCCAGAUCUUCGACGAGGACAACUCCGGCAGCAUCUCGCUGCACGAGUUCAUCGCGGCCGCGCACCGCUUCGCCGGGCAGACGCCCGACGACAAGAUACGAUUUCUCUUCGAGGUCUACGAUAUGGACGGCGACGGGUUGAUCCAACACCGCGAGCUUCAACACGUGCUGUGGGCGUGCAUGGAGGAGAACGGCAUGGUGUUCAGCGACGAGCAGCUGUGCCAGCUCACGCGCGCCAUGUUCGAGGACGCGGACGCGGAGGGCCGCGGCGCCAUCACGUACGAGGCGCUCCGGCACCAGCUCGCGAAGCACGACGGGCUUAGAGAGAACCUUUCCAUCAGCAUCGACCGCUGGCUGGUCCCGCCGAAGCCGGAACGCCCGGCGUCCUGGCGUCAGAGGCUGCAGCGCCUCAAGCCGCACCAGCUGUCGGCGGGCUACCUGCGGAACAACCUCGCGCUGGUGGCGUACCUCGCGCUGUUCGCGGCCGUCAACGUCGGGCUGUUCGCGGCGCGCUGCGCGGAGUACGCGGGCCAGAGCGUGUUCCUCAUGAUGGCCAGGGCUUGCGGUCAGUGCCUUAACUUCAACUGCUCAUGGGUGCUGGUGCUGAUGCUGCGCCGCUGCAUCACGACCCUGCGCGUGCGCGGCCUCGGCGCCGUGCUGCCGCUCGACCACAACAUCUACCUUCACAAACUGACUGGCGUCCUCAUCUUUAUCUUCAGCAUCGUUCACACUAUAAUGCAUCUUUUCAAUUUUAGCAUGGUGGUGGUGAAGAGCCCGGUGGUGAACGCGGCCAACUUCACGGUGUUCGAGUGGCUGCUGACGGAGCGGCCGCGCGCGUUCGGGCUGGUGCGCGGCUGCGCCAACCCCACCGGCUUCGCGCUGCUCGCCUUCCUGCUCGUCAUGAUCGUCUGCAGCCAGCCGUUCAUCAGGCGGCGCGGCAGCUUCGAGGUGUUCUACUGGACGCACCUGCUGUACGUCCCGUUCUGGUUGCUGCUGGUGUUCCACGCGCCCAACUUCUGGAAGUGGUUCGUGCUGCCGGGCGCCGUCUACCUCGCAGAACGGGUGCUGAGGCUCAUCUGGCUUAGGUCAGAACACGGAAAAACUUACAUCUCAUCCGGCAUCCUGUUACCGUCACGAGUCACGCACCUCGUGGUCAAGCGGCCGCCGCUCUUUGACUUCCACGCGGGGGACUACGUGUUUGUUAACAUUCCCGCCAUCGCCUCUUACGAGUGGCAUCCCUUCACUAUCAGCAGCGCGCCGGACCAGCCUGAUUACAUUUGGCUCCACAUCCGUGGAGUCGGUCAAUGGACAAACCGUUUAUACUCCUACUUCGAAGAGGAGCACGCUCGAUUGAAUGCCACUGCUCCCCUGAAACACAGCUCCGUGCGGCGCCUGUCGUCCCUGGCCAGCACCCGCCGCCGGAGCUCGACCCCGAGCCACAAGAAGCGCUCCGUGGACUUCGCGCCCGACGCCGGACACGACAACCUCGCGUUCGCGCCCGACGGCACUGACGCACGCAAGGGGGACGCCACACUGCACGUGCCGGGCGCGCUGCGCGGCGCGGCGCUGCUGACGCCGCUGCGCUUCCACAAGUCGCGCUCCAUGCCCGACGUCUACAAGCAGAGGCACAUCGCGCUCCGCGAGUGCCCCCGCUCGGAGUCGGAGAGCCAGUUCGAGUCGCGCGAGCUGCGGCAGGCGCGCGCGGCGGCGGGCGGCGCCGCGCCGGGCCGCGCGCUGGCCGACAGCUUCCGCUACCUGCGCCACAAGCCCGCCAUGGUGGCCUUCCGCGCGCCCAGCGACCCCUGCCCAAGGCGAUCCAGCAACGAGAGCAUACUCACCAUCGCUAGGAGAAGACUGUCGAAGAGUUUGUCCCCCGACAAGGACGUGGAAGCGGAGACCGCGCGCGCGGAGCCGAGCGCGGAGGACGCGCCCGCGGACUACCCCAUCGGGAAACCACUCGAGAUCUACGUGGACGGCCCGUACGGCGCGGCGUCGUCGCACAUCUUCCGCGCGCAGCACGCCGCGCUCAUCGCCGCCGGCAUCGGCGUCACGCCCUUCGCCUCCAUACUGCAGUCGAUAAUGUACCGCUACUGGAGCGCGCGCAGCGAGUGCCCCGCGUGCGGGCACCGCUACGCGGCCGCGCUGCCGCACCGCGGCAUGCACCUCAACAAGGUCGACUUCUUCUGGAUCAACCGCGAGCAGAGGUCCUUCGAGUGGUUCGUGUCACUGCUGUCUCAACUAGAGAUGGAGCAGGCCGAGCUGGGCGGCGCCGAGCGGUUCCUGGACAUGCACAUGUACAUCACGAGCGCGCUGCAGCGCACCGACAUGCGCGCGGUGGGGCUGCAGCUGGCGCUGGACCUGCUGCACGCGCGCGACAAGAGGGACCUCAUCACGGGGCUCAAGACGCGCACCAACGCUGGCAGACCUAAUUGGGAUAAAGUCUUUCAGCAGUUACAGCAACAAAACAAAGGCAAGGUGACGGUGUUCUACUGCGGGCCGCCGCAGCUGGCGCGCGUGCUGCGCCUCAAGUGCGACCGCUUCGGGUUCCACUUCCGCAAGGAGGUGUUCUGACCUCACUAUGUGUCCUCACUACUCGCACUCCAGCAGCGUGUUCACACCGCGAGGGGAGUGACCACACACACGAACGACUUAUAUGUGUCGCUAAAAUAUAUGAAAUCGUUGUGGAAUAUAGCAAUUGCAGUAAAAAGGAAAAAAAAAUCUAAUAUAACAUAUAUUUUUUAUUACUAGUAAAAACUGUAAUAUAUUACUUUAAAAAUAUUGUGAUUAGGAAUACCUACCAUAAGACUAUCGAAGUACUUACAAAGUAACUUAUGGUUGUGAAAACUGCGAGCGAUGACACAUCACUCCUAUUGUUUCUAGUAAAAGCUCACAUUUCUAUUGUGUGAUAUUAUUCCGAUUUAUAUGAUUUUAAAAACCCAUUUAAAUAGAAAAGCAAUGAUUUUAUGUCAAACCUUUUUUUUCGUUGAGAAAGACAUAACUACACAUAGAACUUGCGAUAUUCUGACCAAUUGUUACCAGCAAAUUAUUUUCUUGCCAAUGAAGACGUGUGAUAUGAUUCAUUUAUGUCCAUUAUUAUAUUAAAUUUAGUGAUAUAUUUAUA